GCAGCACUUUCUAGGGAAAGGUUUUAAACAUGGAUGGUGUGUUCCUCACAGAGGCUAAGGCCAAUUCUAUCUUAAAAAGAUACCCACGAGCUAAUGGAGGUUUGGAAGAACUUAAGAAAGGAAACAUUGAGCGUGAAUGUUAUGAAGAACGCUGUAAUAAAGAAGAGGCAAGAGAAGCAUUUGAAAAUGAUGAAAAGACGGCAGAAUUUUGGAAGGACUACACAAGUGGACUCCAUGAAGGAAGUAACACAGGACAAAACUGGUACCCAUUUUACCUAACAUUUCCUCUAAUCAUUGGCCUUUUGGUGGUGGUUCUCAUUAUAUUUGUCACAUGGAGAUGCCUUUUCAAAAAAAAACCACAUGGACGGUCCAUGUACACACAGAGCAGAAGCAGGGAUGAUACAGGUGACAGAAGCAUUCCUGAUGGGAGAAGUCCCCUCCCUCAGUCAUUCAUCAUUCUUCAUUCUCCCCAAGAAGAAAUGUUUGAAGGUAGUGGAUACUCUCCAGGGUACCUGAGCUACACAGAGGGACCUGUGGAUUCCUUAUCAAUCCGGUUGUCAAGCUGUGAACCACCACCAUCCUAUGAGGAAGUUGCUGGUGAAAAUAGCACACAGAGAAAUGAAUUUGCAAAUCAUUUGGAUCCCCCUCCUCAAUAUGAGGACAUUGUGAAUAGUAUUUCAGUCCCUCCAGUUACCAUCAAAUGAAAGAGAAAGAUUACAUGCUCCCUUUGUAGAAGCAAAUGAACCCUAAGACUUUUUAGCACUUUAUUGCAGCUUGAUGUUUGUAGGUUUCAAAGGUUUUCACUGUAUUAUGCCAAUUCUUAUUCUCCAAAUUUGGUUUAUUCUGUGAGGUCCCACAUUUGGGAAAACAAAACAGUCUUCAACAUGAAUAUAUAUGACUCUAGGUAUGGCUUUAUUGUCAGUGGUAUACUUUUUCUAUUAUUGAAAGUGAUGCUAAUAAAUGGCUCAGUUGUAAAAAUGGAUUGUCUAAGCAGAUGGCAACACAAGACUGACCUUAUCUAGGUUCAGAACUCGAGGAUUGCUCUUGAUUUGUAUUUGGAUGGGAGACCUCAAGGGAAUGCCAAGGCUGUAGGCUAGACUAGGAAGUCAAGAAAACAUCUAGAAGGCAAUGGCAAACCACUUCUGUACUGCUGCCAAGAAAACUAUAUAAAUGUGUCCAUGAAAUCAUCAGAAGUCAAGCGUGGCUUGAAGAAGACUUUAUCUUUACCUUGAUCAAAAUGGAUUAUAGCAAGAAAUGCUAACAUUUUUUCCCCUUGAAAUAAGUAUUUUUGGAAACCUUGUAUACAAGCAAAUCAUCUAGUAGGAAUAGUCAUGCUGUCACUAAAAUGCUUCUACUUGUUGUUACAGUGAACUCUACUGUAAUUAAAACUGUGAUGUAUCGAUGGUUGACUAUAUUCAAGCACAUAUAUUUUGAUCCUUCAGAAGAGUGCUAAAGAAAUUUUGUGAUGCUUCAAUCUACACUUCCAUUUGUAAGCCCUCUUCAGGCUUUAUGAUUCUGGAGCACUCACCAUGUUCUCUCUUGGCUGACAUCACUCUAAUGACAAUGGCUUCUCUUCAGUCAUUUGUACAUUGAGUAUAAAUGUUUGUAGAAGAGUAGUCACGCUGGUUUACAUCUCAGUAAUGACUCAUGU